AUCCCCCUCUCCUCAUCUCCUGCAUCUUCCGGUCCUCAUCUCCUCUAUCACCCUGGCUUCCUCUUGACUCUCCAGGCUCCUUGGACUGACUCUCUGCCUGCAUCCUUCUGCUCGUUCUCUGAUCUGGGAUCUGCAGUAACGAGGACUCUCUCCCUCUCUCAGCAUGGACUUCUCCCUCUCUUCUUCCCACUUUGCUCGCUCCUCCUCCAUUCACCUUCCUGUCCAUCCUCUCUUACUGUUCUCCUUCCUCCCCCUCCAGCUCCAGAUGCUCCCGUUAUCGACACCCAGCGUACGUACGCCUAUGACCAGAUCUACCUGAGCUGGCGCCUCCCCCAGGACUCGGCCCCCGCCUGGCACUACACGGUGGAGUAUCGCAAAACCGACCCCAAACACAAGACCCUCAAGCUGUGGCAACGGCGGGAGGAGAUCUGGGGCCUGAGCACCGUCUUAGAGGGGCCCGACAUUGACAGCGUGUAUGUGCUGAGGGUGCGAGGCUACAACAAGGCCGGAUACGGGGAAUACAGCGAGGACAUCUACCUGCACCACUCCACACUCCCCUCCAGGUACAGCUCACCCACUCCAGGUACAGCUCACCCGCUCCAGGUACAGCUCACUCGCUCCAGGUACAGCUCACCCGCUCCAGGUACAGCUCACCUGCUCUAGGUACAGCUCACCUGCUCUAGGUACAGCUCACCUGCUCUAG